AUGACUAACAUUUCUAGACGACUUGAAGAAGGCUUUCCUUUCAGAUUCUGUACCGUUGCACCAAGUUGCCAUCGAAACUUCUGCCCAAGAGAACCCGUCCUGCGCUUCACCAACUUCGAAGGCGAGACAGCUGCCAGGGCGCAGAUGUGCGGAGCAAAAGAGAUUUACUGCUGCCAAAGCCAUUGUAUUCGGCCCAUCGGGUGGUAUAUCGUGGAGCCAUGUGAGGCCUUCGUCAUAGCCAACUCUGCCAUUACCCAGCUCACCGUUGGCACCGGAAGUUGGAGUUGGAACUGGAACACGAGCACAUGCGGAUGUUCCGUACCGAGAGUUGUGAGAAGACAGAGAUGCCGGCAUCGGAGUUGCAUUACAUGCACUUGGAGUAGCCUGUAUUCAACGUUUACGGCGAUGCAGCAGUGGGCGGAUGCUGCGAAAGAGUAUCCAGAGUGGUGGACACAGAGCCUGGGAGAUGACCUGUUGUCUCGAAGAACCAAGAUGAGACUGAGGAACGAAUACGGUCAAUUCCGAAAAGACAAGGGCAAGGAGCGAGCUAUUGACGUUCCACAAGCGUUUGCUGCUGCGAGCAGUUACGAGCAGUGGCCAGGUCAUCAUGAGACAUCAGGAACAUUUUCGAGCCUGGCAGGUACAUUCGAGUCCUUGCCAGGGUCUUCUUUGGAGAGUUUCUCGAACAGUUGCUUGGGCAUGCCCAAUUCAAAUAUACAUCCUCUGUCUUCAACGACAAGCGGACAAGUUUGGGGUGACGGCUUGGGAGAAAGGUUUUCGACGACGCGAGGGUUUCUGAGAACGGCCGAUAUACUAGACCCAGGUCAAGAAGUAGCAAACACAGCAAGCGCUUCCACCAUGCACCCUAAUUUAGGAUAUCAGCCGGAUUUCUGGAAAGCAUAUGAGCCACCGCAACCUCUAUUGGCAGUUGAGCAAGUCUGGGGCGUGGAGGAUGGUGAUACAACUCAGUCAAUACAGCCGCAGCACGAGGCUACAGAGCACACCGCAAAUGCAAACUCCCUUGUACUUGAUCUCGACGACCCAUUCUGGAAUAUUGUUUUGGCAUCUGGCGAUGAUUUGGUGUUGGACACUGGUAUGAACCUUGGUCAAACGAGCGGCAGCAACCCGGCGCAUUAUCUAUGA